GGGAGAUUAGAAGAAAGGUGGAAGAAAAGAAAACUCUAUGUUUCGUCUUUCCGCACAGAAACAAGAAAAGAAAGAAAAUAUUCUAUAUAAUAUACUGUAUUUUUUAAAAUCUCAAAUCCAAUUAAUUUAAUUGGAGAUUCAAAAGGGCAAAAAAAAAAGGCUACCGAUCGGCGAUUGCGUGUUCAUAAGAAAGGGGAGGCCUUUUUGUUUUGUUGUUUCGUUUGCUUUUAUUUUUUUUUCUUCUUCAAGGAGGAGAUUUCGGAAAUUACGAAUAAUGGUGUCGGCGAAUAAGGAGAUGGCCGUCUACUGCUUCGACACUCUGCUCGCUCACUACAACGGCGAGGAGGCUCCGCCUCCGGCCUUCGAGGACGGCGAACAGUGAUUUCUCCUUUCCUAUACAUACGCAUACAUACAUACAUGCAUACAUGCAUACAUACAUCUCUAAUUGAUAUUGGAGAUACCUACUGAAGCUUUGAUGGAUCGUUCUUUUUAUUAAUUUUGUAUGAAUUUCUAGUAAUGCUUUGUUUUUUUUUUUCCUUUUGUGUGUGUGUUCUAUGAGUAUAUAUGACUAUAAUGUGUGAUUUGUUUUUUUUUUUUUUUUUUUUUUAAAGUUCAUUACUUGCGCUGAACUAAGAGAAAACUUGGCUGCUGAAUUGGAAUCAAGGAACUGUUUUUUGUAGCUCUACAUGUUUGAGCUUAUUUGUUUGGUAUUCAUACUUUUGUAUGAGGUAGAUAAUUGCUUAGAAGUUGAGGUUUUGGUCAAUGCAGAUGGAGAACCUGAUUGAUCAGGGUUGAGAAAAGAGAUAAUGAGUGGGCAGGACAGGUGUUCUUUAGGGAAGGUUUUUGGAAGUUCAGGGUAUUGCAUCUUGAAUGGAUUUCUAUAGCAUACAACUACUAACCUUUGAUGGAGAAUACUAAAUCUGGUGCAGGACU